AUGGCAGCUGUGGCUGUGCUGCGGAACGAGACACUUCAGGCUUUUCUGCAGGACCGCACUCCCAACUCUUCCCCGGAGAACUGCAAGCACUCCCCGCUGGCUCUCCUGGCCGCCACCUGUAACCGCAUCGGGCAUCAUCAUCACCACCACCACCAUCCCCCGCCGGGGUCCAGCCCGCCCGACUUCCUCCCGGUCCCUUACGACCCCACCACCCUGGGCUCUCCUUCGCGUCUGUUCCACCCGUGGACUAACGAGGCCAGCCCGCCGAGCAACUCCUCUUUCGGACUAUCCUCCAAACCCCAGCCAUUGAGUUCCUUCGGCUCCCCGCACGAGUUGCCCCUCACCCCGCCCGCCGACCCCGGCUACCCGUAUGACUUCUCCCCGGUGAAGAUGCUGCCGUGCUCCAUGCAGUCCGCCUGCCCGCCCACUUACGUGCCGGCCGUCAGCUACGCGACGCCCGCCCCCAUCCCUCCUGCCAUGCCCACCUUCGUCACGGGCCACGCGGGCCAGAGACAGCUGUCCCCCAACCCGGCCGAGGACAUCCCGUGGUGGAGCCUCCAGCAAGCGGGCAACCACGUGGGCCACCCGCACCGCUUCCAGCUGCAGCGGGGUCUGGUUCUCCACGGCCACUCGGCAGACUUCGCCCAAUAUCAGACGCAAAUUGCGGCUCUUUUGCACACCAAGUCGCCGCUGACCACCGCGCGCCGUUGCCGGAGGUGCCGUUGCCCCAACUGCCAGUCGGCGUCCGCGUCCGGCGGCGGGGGCGACGAGCCGGGCAAGAAGAAGCAGCACGUGUGCCACAUUCCGGGCUGCGGCAAAGUUUACGGUAAGACGUCGCACUUGAAGGCCCACCUCAGGUGGCACUCGGGCGAGAGGCCCUUCGUGUGCAACUGGCUCUUCUGCGGGAAAAGUUUCACCCGCUCGGACGAGCUGCAGAGACACCUGAGGACUCACACCGGGGAGAAGCGCUUCGUUUGUCCGGACUGCUGCAAGAGGUUCAUGCGGAGCGACCACCUGGCCAAGCACGUCAAGACCCACCAGAACAAGAGGGGAAAGUGCGCGGACAAGGCUGCCGUGGUGGAGCAUGUCAAGAGAGAGGACUCGAGGAAUCAUUUUCUGUGA